AAAAACCACUUGCACCUUACAACUUGCAUCAGCCGUCGAACAGGGAGGCCUGUACUUCGAACGCAAAAUCGCUGGAAAUUGAAAAAUGUGGUCUACUUUAAAAACUUCUCGAAGAUCUCUCAAGUGUCUUGCCAGGGUUGCUCGUAAUGCGGCCUCGCUGAGAUCGUUUGGGUCUGUCAGCAAUCAGAGAAUUAUUACUGCAGAUAUUCUGUCAAAAAAUGGAUUCUGUAUAAGUCGACCAUACAGCUCUGAAGCUGUUCGAGGUGCAGUAUGCGGUAUUGACCUUGGAACAACAAACUCCUGUGUUGCUGUGAUGGAAGGAAAGACACCAAAAGUGCUGGAAAAUGCAGAAGGAUCACGAACCACGCCCUCUGUGGUGGCCUUUACCAAGGAAGGAGAAAGACUUGUUGGUACACCAGCUAAAAGACAGGCUGUUACAAACCCAGAAAAUACAUUGUAUGCCACCAAAAGGUACAUUGGUCGCAGAUUCGAUGAUCCAGAAAUCAAGAAAGAUGCACAAAGUGUGUCAUUCAAGAUAGUCAAAGCCUCAAAUGGAGAUGCAUGGUUUGAAGCCAAUGGCCAGAUGUAUUCGCCCAGCCAGGUUGGAGCUUUUGUACUUAUGAAAAUGAAAGAGACAGCAGACAAUUACUUGGGUACGACAGUCAAGAAUGCAGUGGUCACUGUGCCUGCCUACUUCAAUGAUUCUCAAAGACAGGCCACUAAAGAUGCUGGCCAGAUAGCUGGACUGAAUGUUUUGAGAGUGAUUAAUGAACCCACAGCUGCUGCCUUGGCUUAUGGCAUGGACAAAUCUGAAGACAAAAUAAUUGCAGUGUAUGAUCUUGGUGGGGGUACCUUUGAUAUUUCCAUCCUAGAAAUACAGAAAGGGGUUUUUGAGGUCAAAGCCACAAACGGCGACACUUACCUUGGUGGAGAAGACUUUGACAACAAACUGCUUCAGCAUUUAAUUACAGAAUUCAAAAGAGAGAGUGGAGUUGACUUGUCCAAGGAUAACAUGGCUUUACAGAGAUUAAGAGAAGCUGCAGAGAAAGCUAAAAUUGAACUGUCAUCAUCAGUCCAAACAGACAUCAACUUACCUUAUAUUACAGUAGAUUCCAGUGGACCUAAACACUUGUAUACUGUUGUUAGGUUAGUGGAGGUGUAUGUACAUGUGUAUUGGUAUGUAGAAAAGAGUACAAGUUUACUUCAAACUUUUUCCUGUUUAUGUGUUGUAAGUGACCUGUAUGGUUUUGUUUUGUUUUGUUUUCAGGUGUUUUCCACUGCAGCUGAUGGUCAAACUCAAGUUGAAAUCAAAGUACACCAAGGAGAGCGUGAAAUGGCCACUGAUAAUAAGCUCUUGGGACAGUUUCAACUGGUUGGAAUUCCUCCUGCUCCCCGUGGUGUACCUCAGGUAGAAGUGACCUUCGACAUUGACGCUAAUGGUAUAGUGAAUGUAUCUGCCAGAGAUAAAGGAACGGGCAGAGAACAACAAAUUGUCAUCCAAUCGUCUGGAGGACUGAGUAAAGAUGAAAUUGAAAACAUGGUUAGAGAAGCGGAGAAACAUGCUGACGCUGAUAGACAAAAGAAGGAUUUAACAGAGGCAGUGAAUCAAGCAGAAGGAAUCAUCCACGACACAGAAACAAAAAUGGAAGAAUUCAAAGAUCAGCUGCCAAGUGAUGAGACUGGUAAGCUGAAAGAAGAGAUCAACAAAGUGCGUGAGGUGCUGGCUAGAAAAGACAGCGAAACAGCUGAGUCCAUCCGACAAGCUUACAGCGAACUGCAACAGAAGUCACUCAAACUGUUUGAAAUGGCUUACAAGAAGAUGGCUUCCGAGAGGGAAGGUGGAGCCUCGUCUUCAGGUAACGAGCAAACCGGAGGGACUGGUGAAGAGGAGGAGAAGAAGAAAGAAGAGAACUAAAUUAUUCGAAUUGUUUCAAUGCACGAUCUCUGCUGUGCAAGAAUUUCCACUCAAUCAUAAUUUGAAGUGAGCGUUUUGCUUUCCCGUUGGAUUCUUGAGUGGCUAGAGAUCAUGGGCAACUUGAAAGAUGACAUCGUAACAAAGAGGAACUCGUUUCAAGCGAAGAUUUUGUGUCAGGAAUAUUGAUAACAUGAUGACAUUUGCCGAUCUUGCUUUUAAAACAUUUGCGUGUUCUUAUUAGAAAUUGGGUGUAGUGGCAAUAUUGCGCCAUGCUUUAUUCACACGCACUUAGCUCAGUAGUUGGCGAAGUUUCUAAACGGAGUUUGUUGCAUUCAUGUAGUGAAUCAUUCACAAAUUGUAAGUCAAGGGAGGGCCAGUUUUUAGGUCAUCCUUUAUUUUCAGAGCCUAUAUGCUGUGUUGUUGUGUUGGUGCCUAUGUGCUAAGGUGGUCAACCUGCUCUCAGACAAUUGGCGCGAGUGCAUUUGGUGUUUCGCGAGGAAAACUACAAUCCCCGCGUGCACCCUGUGAAGUUCCACUCGCGUAGAUCACAGUGUCCACUCGGGCCAACAAAUAAGGUGAAAAAUAAAUGCGCGCGCAGAGGAAUCUCGAUUUCGUGGGGCUCCCUUUAAGCAAGCGCGUCCAUUAAUUCGAGCAUA